UGGCGAGUGUGGAUUAAAUGAAAAAUGCAGGCGACUUGACAUCACCAGAACUGAGUCAGAGAGCGCAUGGUAGCUGGGGUUAUAUUUUUCAAGUAUAACAUGUCUCUUGGGACAGCUAAACUUUAGGCUGGGGGUUGGCAAACGACAGGCCUAUGGGCCACGUCCCACAGCGGCCUGUUUUUGUACAGCCUUAGAGCCAUACGUGGUGCAUUUAGAGGAAAAAGAAGAAGAUGUGAUAGAGAUAGUAUGCGGCCUGCAAAGCCACGGACAUUUACUAGCUGGCCCUUUACAGGAAGCGUGCAGACCCCACUCAGCUCUCAACUGGAACACGGUCUGGAUCUAAGUGGGGUCAGAUAACAUGUCUGUUGGGGAGAUAUGAAUAAUAAAAGGGAAAAGGGAGGAUAUUUUCCCUAUUCAGACUCUUAGCGUGUGGUGACCGUGUGCUGUCCGUAGUGCCAUCUGUGUAAAAACAGAGCCUGUGUGAAUGGCUCUUAACUCACCAUUAAAGUCAUAAAGGAUCCGCGUGAGUAAAUGCUGGAAGUGCAAAUCCAGAAACCUCUGCUCUAGCGACUAGUUCCUGUCGCCUCCUUGCUCUUUAGUCUUUCUCUGUUGCUGGCAUCUGAGCGCUAGGAGUCCCUGCCUUCCUGAUUGAGUCAGUGUGUAGUGUCCAGUUCUUUAUUACGGGUGCCCCCACCUUGCCCAGAAGCCCCUGUUCUGAGACCCAGAUGCCAGUGGGACAGCAAGGAGGGUUCCGGGGGUGGGCUGGAGGGCAGACUGGCCACUGCUCCGUGCCCAGAACCACCCAGGCCGGGGAAGGGCCAGGGCCCCAGUAGGGCUUCUUGUUCUUUCUAGAAUCCCCGCCAUCCUGGUCUUUUUUUUUUUUCUGUCUUCAUAUCUCUUUUGACGAUUCUUAUGUAAAAGGGAUGAAAACAGGAGAUGGAGUAAUCCUCAACUCUUUUUGAGAACUUUUCUGAGAUUUGUUUUCUUGUGGACCUCUUGAGUUGACCACAUAAUGUUUGUUUGUUUGUUUUAUUUUUUUGGCCUCACUGCUUGGCAUGUGGGAUCUUAGUUCCCAGACCAGAGACGGAAACCCGUGCACCCUGCAGUGAAGCACAGAGUCCUAACCACUGGACCGCCAGGGAAGUCCCUGGAUGACAUUUAGUUAACUUGCCUGAGGAUGUACUUUACCUAUUGUUUAUUUAGAUGUUUAUUUCUCAGUUUUGAUUUUAAUGGCAAAGUAUAUCCUAAGACUAUAACCUGUAACUGUUUUAAACUUUAAAAAUCUCUCCAUCUUUGUUAUUUUUCCUGUUUUUUAAAAAAAUUAUUCUAUGUGAAUUAUGUUCCAAGUGGAGAAUUCAGUUGUUGAAUUUUUUUUGUGUGGAGUGGAAUACAUAUUAUGGAAUAUUCGCAGUAUUUCUGCCAUCAAAGCUUAAAGGAAUGCUUUUCUAAUGUAAUUUUCUCAUAUAAUAAAUAAUAUUGAGGAGGUGGGAUGAAUCAGGAGAUUGGGAUUGGCAUGUAUACACUGAUAUGUAUAAAAUAGGUAACUGGUGAGGACCUGCUGUAUAGCACAGGGAACUCCACUGUGCAGUAGAAACUAACACAAUGUUGUAAAACAACUAUGCCCAAAUGAAGAAAAAAUAAUAAAGCCCACUAGCUAACAGGAAAAAAAAUGUAUGCAAUGGGAUCUCAGUGUUGACAAGCAGAAAAAAAAAUAUUGAAAUUGAUGAUUAUAGUGCAGACAGAACAUUUAAAUAUUUUCUCUUUUUAGCUACAUUUUUGAUAGAGUCUCAUUAAAAUAAUCUGAACUCUUGUCUAGACCAGUCAAAAUCAUCCAGUGGUCAAAACCAGUUACUGUAGACGCUUUGCUGAGUUUGACGUGGUCCCCAUUAGGAGGAGGCAUCCUUGUUAGCUCUGCGUGGAUGAACACGUAGAAUAUCAAGUACACGUGUGUUUGGGAUGGUAUGAGGGUAUGUGGCAUUCAUUGGGAAUGAAGCAUUCCAGCCAGGCAAACCCCCCAGAUAAUAGGUUUAACCUUUGAAUGCCCUGAGAUUCAUUUUAAAGGUUUAACAGAGUGUCCUGAGAAGGGUCCCAGAUGUGUAUCGCCUCCCAGACUGUUGUGUCCUCACUGCCAGUGCUGAGUCCCUGCUGCUACAGAACACAGGUUCAGAUGUGGGACGAUAGCACGGGUUGACGGUUCAUCGGUGGAACGAGGGUUAUUCUAGAAGCAGGUGGGGAUGUAGGCAUUCAUGCCGACUUGAGGUGGUGUGAGGGUAACCAGUGGAAGACUGAAGGUGGAACAGGUUGCUCCCAAGUACCUGAGGGGAAAGGAGAGCAAAGAAGAGUUUCAUCAUUUCAACAAAAGGGAGUUCAGGAGAAAGAAAGGAACAAGGACACUUGCUCGGUGUGUAAAAAACAGACAGUGUAAGAUAGCAUGAACAAGCUCAGAGAUACCAGUAACCACAAUGAAUGUAAAAGGGUUAACUCUCCCAGGUGAUAAAAACACCAGAUUUAGUAGAAGAAUGAAGUCUAGCUAAGCGCUGUAUGUAAGUGGCACAUCUAAAACGAACACAGAUGGUGGGAAACAGGGGAUAGAAAAUAUCAGUCCUACAAAAAUGUAGGUUUAGCAAUACUAGGAUCAGACAACCACACUCAAGGUGAAGAGCGUAAGAGGAGUGCUUCUUACUGUCAUAAAGGAAUUUAUGAGUAAAAUGUAGAAAAACACGAAAGUUGAUUAGAGUAGAAGCUGACGAUUGUACACUGAGGGGCCCCUCAGCAAGCUGCAGACCACGGAGCCCAGAGAGAGCAGAGGGGGUGGAGGGCCUCUCAGCCUGGCCCCCCGGUGUGGGGCUGCCCUGUGCACUUCAAGAAUGUCAGUAGCAUCCCUGGCCUCUACCCACUGUGAGGACCAGAAAGGUUUCUGGAUGUUGCCAGAUGUCCCUUCGGGGCCAGAAUCAGCUCUGGUUGAGAACCGUGAUAUAAAGGAUUUAAAUACUAGAGCUGAUGGAUGAUGUGGACAGAAAUUCAUGCCCAACAAACAGAAAGUAUACAUUCUCAAUUAUGUGGAACACUGAACAAAAACCAGCCACGUGUUAGGCCACAAAGAAAAAUCCCAAGUUUCAGAAAGUUAAUUCUGUAGGCCAGAUUCUCAGACCACAGUGCAACCUAGUCAGAACCUAAGAUUGAAAGGAUAGCUAAAAAUAUCCACCCAGAAACUUUAAAACCCCCUUCUUUUUAUCUCUUGGGUUAAAGAGAAGAUCGCUAACUAUUUCAGACUCUCUAUAAAUAAGUGACAGAGGGCUACAUGCCACAGCCCGUGGGAUGAGGCAGAAAUAGGUCUCUGGGGAAAGAACGUGCGUAGCCUUAAAUGCAUCUAAUAGAGAACAAGAAAAAUAAAGGAAUUCAGCUUUCAACUCAAGAAACUAGGAAAAAUAAAAUUAAGGCAAACCUACUUUUGCUUUUUGCAAAUCUGAUGAAGAAGAAAUGAGAACACAAUAUUUAAAAAGGGGUGUGAUUACAGAUAUAAAAAUUUUACAAGUAAGAACAUCCGUGUACAAUUUGAUGGCAGUAAAUUUGAAGAGCUGUGGAUCGUUAAUGAAGCCAUAAAUGAUCAGGAUUGACCCUGGAGGUAGAAAACUCAUGCAGACUAGCAACUUUAGAUGAAAUGGAGAAGGUAGUCAAGAUUUAUCUUUUUAAAAAGGCACUGGGGUGAGUUAGAUCAAACUUUCAUGGAGCAGAUAAUUCAUUCCUGUGUUAAAUGUAGCAACCAUUCACUAACAAAAUUAUUGUGCACCUGCUGUGUACCAGACAUUGUGAUGGUGGCGGAGAACAUAACGUGAACGAGAGCAGAUACGGCUCCUUCCUGCCAGGAAGCAGUAGAGGCACAAGUCAAUCAAAGGCCCACCUGAGUAAAUGCAGGAUUACAGCUGCAGGAAGGACUGUCAAAGGCAGGCACGUUUUGCUCUGAGAUGUGGGCCAGAGGUCAGGGGUAGCUCUUCUAAGAUGGGGUGACUGAUGUGAACAGUGCAGGGGAACAGGAGUGGGCCAGGGGAUGAGAAAUAGGAUGACCGGUCCAGGCAGAGGUGGGGACUGUGCUCAGAGGCUUGUGCAGGGUGGGGAGAGCACAGGGCUCUGAAGAACCCGUAAGGGCCGGCCUGGUGUGAUGGCCUGGUGUGACUGCGGUGCAGGGAAGGGGGAGGGGAGGGCAGCAAGGAGAAGAGCAAGGACCCAGUCCUGCUGAGCAGCCAUGCUGCGGAGAGGCUGAUCUGUGUCCUGGAGGCAGGAGGGAUCCCCUGGAGGGUGUUAAGUGGGUGUGUCCUGAUCAGAUUUGGGUUUCAAGAAGAUCCCUUUAAAGCCUCGGAAACAUGCCCUUGUCCACAGAGAGACUGAGUCUGCACCUGUAGUGUUCACUCUGCAGCUGUAAACAGGAGUGAAGGUGACCGCUGACCUGCUGUGAAGCAUCUUUAGGAUGUGGUAAGUGAGAAAAGGAAGGCUCAGAGCUGAGUAGAGCAUGUACUUUUAUCCGAGAGAGGUGUGUAAAUAUUUGCUUAUGAUAAAAAAGCUUAAACCCCAGGCUAGUUAGAAUGGUGUUCCUUAUUGGAAAGGGAAGGGAUUAUAGAUUAGGGAGGGAGAGUUAUAGAUUAGGUUUCUGAACAUAUCGUCUAUAGUAAAAUCAAAUCAAAAGGAGAGGAGGAGUACUACCUAAAAAUUAAAGCAAAAUAAAUCAAAAGAGCUUAGCUAGGAAUUGAGUUGAUGGUUUUACUACACAGAGAAUUAUUUCAAGUGACUUCAAAACAAAUUGGGUUGUACAUCUAUCCUAGAGAGAGAAAUCCUAAAGACAAAGGAACUACAAAGAAAUCUUAAUUUUUAGUGCUUGUAUUGUUAGUAAUAAUAUAUUAUUUUGAAAUUAUAUGUGUAUAUAUGUAAAAUAUGAUGUCAUUAUGUUAUUGUCAUUAGGAAAUUAUUUUCAGGGUAAGGAAGAAGAUAUACAAAUAUUAGUUUGAAGUAGUUAGGUAAAUACCCUGUAAUCCCAAAUUUGAAUUGGACGUAUCAGUGUUAAUUUGUUUUAAAAAAAAUUUUUAUAAGAAAAUAUUUCCUAUAUUUGUCUGUUGGGAAGGCCUAGAAAGUGUGACCAGCCAGUAGUGGUGAGCACACAGCGCCUGGAGUGUGGUCUCUAUGUGUCAUUUCGCGUUGCAGUCGAAGCCCUUGGAUGAAUGGCAAAGUCUGGAUUUGACACAGAAAAUAAACAAGAUGAGCCUGGAGUAUCUCAUUUUACCUGAAAGCAAGCCGCAGAACCUGCUCCCCACGGUCGGCUCCACCACGGGACAUGCAGCACUGCUCUGCCAGCUGCUCAGACACCGUUUGCUUUUGACUCAAGAUGAUUUGAUGUUUUGUAGAGGACUCACCAUGAUGGCUGCACAGACGCUGAGCAUAGACAGCUAUCAAGACGGGCAGCAGAUGCAAGUAGUAACAGAGUUAAAAACAGAACAAGACCCCAGCUGCUCUGAACCAGAUGUGGAAGGAGUGAGCCCUCCCACUGUGGGGUCCCAGACACCAAUGGAUGCAGACAAGCAGGCCAUUUAUAGGCAUCCACUAUUUCCAUUAUUAGCUUUGUUAUUUGAAAAAUGUGAACAAUCUACACAGGGCUCGGAAGGCACAACUUCUGCCAGUUUCGAUGUGGACAUUGAGAACUUUGUAAGGAAACAAGAGAAGGAAGGAAAGCCCUUCUUUUGUGAAGAUCCAGAAACUGACAAUUUAAUGGUGAAAGCGAUCCAGGUUCUGCGCAUCCACCUCCUUGAGCUGGAGAAGGUCAACGAGCUCUGCAAGGACUUCUGCAGCCGCUACAUUGCUUGUCUAAAAACGAAAAUGAACAGCGAGACGCUCCUGAGCGGGGAGCCUGGCAGUCCGUACUCCCCCGUGCAGUCCCAGAUUCAAAGCGCCAUCACAGGCACCCUCGGCCCUCAAGGAAUCGUGGUGCCAGCAUCCGCUCUGCAGCAGGGGAACGUCACCAUGGCAACAGUGGCAGGGGGCACAGUCUAUCAGCCCGUCACUGUCGUCACUCCCCAAGGCCAAGUAGUGACACAGGCGCUGUCGCCUGGCACCAUCCGGAUCCAGAACUCCCAGCUUCAGUUGCAGUUAAACCAAGAUCUGAGCAUCUUGCAUCAAGAUGACGGCUCAUCGAAGAACAAGAGGGGGGUCCUGCCGAAGCACGCCACCAACGUGAUGCGGUCGUGGCUCUUCCAGCACAUCGGGCAUCCCUACCCGACAGAAGACGAGAAAAAACAGAUUGCUGCUCAGACAAAUUUGACACUACUCCAGGUUAACAACUGGUUCAUCAACGCCAGGAGACGCAUCCUGCAGCCCAUGCUGGAUUCCAGCUGCUCAGAAACUCCGAAAACCAAGAAGAAAACUGCCCAGAACAGACCCGUCCAGAGGUUUUGGCCCGACUCCAUCGCCUCGGGAGCCGCACAGCCGGCCGCCGGCGAGCUGACCGUGGCCGAAGGAGCCGUCGUGACCAUCGCCGCGCCCGUGAGCGUGAACGUGGAUGGCCUGCAAUCCCUGUCGUCGGACGGGGCCACGCUGGCGGUGCAGCAGGUGCUGAUGGCCGAGCAGAGCGAGGACGACUCGGUGGACAGCACGGGGGACGGCGGGGCCGCGCUGGCGCCCAGCCACCUGGGUGGGCUGGUGCUGGAGAACAGCGACUCCCUGCAGUAGGGCCGGCCGCCCUGCCCAGCCCGCGUUUUAUAGUUUGCACAGCAAACGUUUUACACAGUUUUAUUUCUAACGUUUUAUAUGUAGGCAUAGAAGAGUGCACUUUUGUAUUUCAUAGUAAGCUUCCAAGGCGUCUUUGCCGGUGCAGCGACUUCUUUCAAGGUGUGAGCGUGUGUGUGCGCGUGCGUGUGUGUGUUUUUAAGGAACUACUUUAAAGGUUUAACGCUAAAAAUGUUAUGAAUGACAAGCACCCCCCCACCCCCAUGAACCCCUGAUUAGGUUAAGGAGUAGCGCUGCCGUUUUCUAAACAAUUAUGCAGUUUUAAUUUAGUUCUGUGGUUCAGGCAGGUCUCGGGGGCUGGUUUAUUUGUGUAGCCCCUGGACUAGGAAGAAGCUUCUGCCCCUGAAAACUGCCAGUGCGAGGCGGACGGCACAGCAAUAACCCAUAUGUGACCCGGCGGCAAGUGUGCAGCAAGUUAACCGUGGUUCCGUCCUCUCGUGUUCCGGGAGCCUGUGUCAUUUGCUAUAUAUGAGAAGAAACUCCUAUUUUUACCUUGCUGGAAUUAUUGGAUAAAAAGCUAUUUUUAUAAAUUCGUUAUGAAUUG